AAUGGCUUGGCGGCAGCUCUUUUUUCUAUUUACACUUCUUCUCCUAGCACUGGCUGGAAGGGACUUUUAUAAAAUACUUGGUGUGAGCAAGUCAGCUUCUAAGAAAGAAAUCAAGAAGGCAUAUCGAAAGCUUGCAAUGAAAUAUCACCCAGAUAAAAAUCCUGGUGAUGACACAGCUUCAGACAAAUUCAAAGAAAUUGGUGAAGUAUAUGAAAUUCUUGCCGAUGAUGAUAAACGGAAAACCUAUGAUAGGCAUGGUGAGGAUGGUAUCAAGAAUAUGCAGCAGGGUGGGGGACAUGAUCCAUUUGCUAAUUUCUUUGGACAUUUCGGUUUUGGACAGCAGCAAGAAGAACAACAAGAACAUAAAGGAUCUGAUGUCGUUGUUGACCUGUUUGUCUCACUUGAAGAACUCUACUUGGGAAAUUUUGUAACAGUUAAAAGAGACAGACCCACAUAUGAAGAGACCUCCGGAACUAGGCAAUGCAACUGCAGAAUGGAAAUGAAAACUCAUAUGACGGGCCCUGGCUCAUUUCAGAUGACCCAACACAGAGUUUGCGACCAAUGUGCUAACUUAGUGUUGGUAACUGUAACAGAGGAGUUGGAUUUGGAGAUUGAGCCGGGCAUGCUUGAUGGCAUGACUCAGAGAUUCUCUGGUAAGGGAGAGCCCCACAUGGAAGGAGACUCAGGAGACCUUUUCUUCAAAGUUAAAACCAUGAGACACCCGAAAUUUGAAAGAAAAGGAGAUGACUUGUACACAAACCUCACUAUUUCUCUUCAAGAAGCUCUUGUUGGAUUUGACAUGACACUUGCUCACUUGGACGGACAUGGAGUUCCUGUAAAGCGAGAGAAGGUAACAUGGCCUGGUGCUCUUAUCAUGAAGAAGGGGGAAGGAAUGCCUAACUUUGAAGACAGGAAUAAGUUAGGAAACUUGUUUAUAACAUUUGAUGUGAAAUUCCCCAGAGGAGAACUAUCAAGUGUAGAUAAAGACUCGAUUAGGAAGAUUUUGAACCAAGCAAGUGCCCAAAAAGCUUAUAAUGGGCUGUAAUAUUAAUUGUUGGAAGGGGUAAUUAUUUAGAGUUUAGAUGCUAAGUUCAGUGCUUACCAAACUUAAAGGCUCGUCAGAUUUGUAUGUAUAAAGUAUGAUUUUGAUAAACUUUUGCUUUAUUGGUUUAAUUUUAUAUUGUAAUUUUCAGAGGCUGUGCCUGUGGGUUAAUAGUAUACACUAUACAACUAUAUUUAGUUAAAGUAGUAUAGUAACACCUUCUAUAUUAACUAUCAUAUUUGGUUUAUCCGUCUCCUGUGCUAGUUGAAUCAUUAUCUAUUAUUCAUUAUACUAUUCUCACAUUCACUAUGUUCCUAGAGAGUUCGCCAUCACUCUCACCCACAUGGAAAUAACCGCUGUUAUCAUAUUGUUUGUGACCGAUGUAUCCAUUUUGCUAAGUUUGAAGCCAUAAUUUGACCUCAA